AUGUUGUCAUUGCUAGAACCUGCCGUACUCGGUGACUCCCUCAGCCUACGCAACCGCAUUUGCAUGGGAGCCAUGACGCGUAACCGCUGCGUCGACAACAACAAGCCUACCGAGGCCACUGUCAAGCACUAUGCCACACGAGCGCGUGAUGGUGUGGGCCUCAUAGUUGCUGAAGGAACCUUCGUGUAUCUGAAUGGAGCCGAGUGGCCUCAUACACCCGUGAUGUAUGACAGGAGCCACGCGCAAGCCUGGAAGAAAGUCACAGACGCCGUCCACAGUGAGGGACGCAUUCAAAACGAGAACAUGCCGAUGCUGAAGAACACUGGUUAUCCGGUUUUGGCGCCGUCCAGAGUCAAAGCAGAAGGAGGAAAGUACCGGCUCUUGGAAGGGCACCCUGGACAUACAGAGAACAUCACUGAGAUUGACGAUCCGGGAGCUAUCAUUGAGCAGUACAGGACGUCUGUCAAGCUCGCGAAAGAGGCUGGCUUUGACGGCAUCGAGCUUCUGGCUCAGGGUGGCUAUCUGUUGCACAACUUCCUUUGCUCACACAGCAACAAACGCACCGACUCGUAUGGUGGCUCGGUGGAGAAUCGAUGUCGGUUCGUGCUGGAAGUGCUCGACGCCAUCAUCGACAGCUGGGGAAGCCCUCGGCAAGUCGGCAUCAAGAUCUGCCCUACCGACGACUACAAUGACACAACAGUGUCGUACGAGGAGCUCUCAGAAACGUAUGACUAUCUGAUCAAAGAGAUCGUGGAACGGAAACUGGCCUUCAUCAACCUCUCGCGGCGCGGCUGCGAUGUUAUCAGAGCGCAAGACGAUUUCUUCAAGCCGGAACCACGCCCAGCCGGGAAGGAGCUGCCACCAGGCUACGAGCCUUUGAAUCAGUUCGGCCACCUCGUCAAGUAUCCCGGCAGCGCCACCAUGCUCAUGGUCAAUCAUGAGUACACGGUUGAAGAGGCGGAUGCGCUGGUCAAGGAGGGGAGAAUCGACCUCGUCGGCUUUUCUCGUCCUUUUAUCUGUAAUCCGGACUUGAUCACCCGUAUCAAAAAGGGUAUCGACUUUGCGGUGAAUGACCGGGGUGGAAAGGUCAACUAUGGACCUUACGAUACGGUUGAUGAGGGCUACAACGACUGGCCUACAGCCGUACAAAAUUCAGCGGUGGUGCAUUAG